AGUGAAAUUCAGGAUUUUCCCGACUUGUGGAAAUGUCCCGGCCCAAGAACUCGUUGUCAGUCAGUAGCAAGAUUGCCCAAUUCUACAGUUAAAAGAUGCAAUAAAAAAUGUAUUUUUUUACCAGCACUCAACGAAAUCCAGUUUAUUCUUAAAAAUAUCAAACGACAUCAACGCAGAGCUGAAGUGAAUAUUCUACAGUUAGUCACGGAGACAACUGAUAUCACAAAAUUUGUAUGAAAUUACUAAUCAGAAAAGUAACUUCUGCUCUGCUCGAAUGUUUUAUGAAUAACUGUGGUUUUGGAGAACUUUCGUAACUUAAAAACCAUUUACAAUCGUUUCCUUCCAUGUUAGAUUUUUCUUUGAUGACACUCAAUAAAUUGCGUGACACAGUUCUAAGAACCAUCCUGUUAAAGAGUUCCUUUCAGACGAUCGUCACCCCAAUGACGCGAAUUAACCAAAAUAUACCAAUGUACCAAUAUACGAUACAUUUUGACGUCGUUUCCUUCUCAGUAAAUUUGUCUUUCUUGAAAUUUAGGGAAUGUUUUGAACCUGCCUAAAUGAUUUUGCCAGUUACCGGAAGGUCGGGGAUCACCUUAUGAUAAAGGAAUAGAAUUUACUCGUAUUUCUCAUCACUUCCGACAUCCCACAUAACAUCGCUUAGUCUGCAACGGGUUUUAAAGUUCCUCGAUCUCUUGCUUUUAUUUGAGGGUAUAAAUUUACUUAUGACAUCACCAUAAGUCCUCUCCCCGCUGAUUCAUGAAAAAAUUGCGGAAACGUACAGAAUUGAAAACAGCCGAACAAUAUGUGUCGUCAAAAUAAACAGACCAACCAGUAAAGCAACAAAUUAUGCUUAAAAUGUAGUACAUGAUUCGCUAACUGCUGACAACGUCAACAUUCAUUGUUCAUCGCAAUCGAUCUUUCUUUUCAUGAUUCGCGAGAAGACAUUUCCGUCGAGCAACGCUAAAACAAAUUGAGACAAGCCCGCACUUUGCUGACAAGACAGGUCAUUAUGCCAACGUGAGAACGAUUUUCAACGGGGUUUUUUCCGCUUCGUCGUAGGAAACAACGUUUUUGUCAGUUUGGGUGGAGUGAUUCCGGAGUAAAUGUCUGCGGUUUUCAGGUUUAUAUAAUAGCGAGUUUUUAAUGAACAGAAUCAUUCAACCAUAAGUAGCAGAACAGAUCAAAAGUCACUGUAAAGCAGACAUCGAUUUUGUCGGCCGUGUUAACUCCAUCGACAACAUAACGAAUAUCCACUUCAGAGAACGAAGAACCAUGAAACACAACACAGCAGUUCUAUUCUGGUCAACCCUGGCCGUGCUUAUUUUCACAAAAGGUUUGGCGUCUCCGCUGCUAAAAGCUCUCUCGAAUUCUGAGUCAGGUAUAUCAGUAGCCCGUUCUGUCUGGAUAAUGUCCAGGAAUUCAAGGAGCUUGAUAAGAGUCAGAGGAACUUCGGUGGACGGUAAUGGAGUCAAAACAGACAAAAGUGCCAAGCUAGAGUUGGAAUCGAAACGUUACAACGGUUCUGUAUACGUAAGAAUACGAUCCGUGACAGAAAAUUCCUAUCUCUGUGUCAACGACGCCGGAGACCUUACAGUAGAAGUGCACGGAAAUAUUUUUACCCAGUGCUUAUUCACAGAGGACACAUUCUCCGGAUACACAACAUUUCAAUCGAUCAAAAACUCAACCUGGUAUCUUGGUUUUAAACGAAGUGGCAAAGUGAAACAACCACACAACACGACAUUCUCCCAAAAGGCAGCACGGUUUGUGAGGUAUUUUUCACUCAGUUCAAUUCCUUAAAAAAGUAUCGCUGUGAAAAUGUAACUUAUUUAAGGGCUAGGUCUACUUAUAAAAAAGUAUUUAUAACAACGGAUUUGAAAAAGGUUAUUUAAUACACCUAGAUUUAUCAAGUAAGAAGAAAAGGUGAAUACUUUCCAAGAGAGUAAAUGUUUUAAUUGUAAGAUAAGGAAUAUGUUAAAGUAUGAAUUAUAAAUUUGAAUUUUUAAGUACCAUUUGUAUUUAUAUAUUUAUGUACUAUUUAUUUGAAGGGAGGAAAAUUCUCCUCACCCUCUCCUAAUUUAUCAGAAAACGCAUUUUUUCAGUGUCUUUUCAAAUAACUCACGAUACCAUGUAUUGUACAGAGUAGUUCAUAUUUACGGACAGUACGUGUUGCAAAGACGAAUCGUAAGAUUAAGGAAGUUACACGAACAUUUUGAAAAGGUUAUUUGCAUCCCAUUUUUUAGCUCUGGAUUUCAUUUCAAAGCAAUACAUUUUGCGUCCUAAACUAUAUAAAUGCCUCAUGAAUAUCAUAUUAUUAAGGGUAAUACUCUAUGUAAGCAGUUAUUAAAAGUGGCGACGAAGACCAACGACAAGUGGUCAAAAAUAUUUUUUAAUAAGCUUGCAAGUGCUUUUAUUAUCCCGUAUACCAUUAGUUAUGUUAAGUCCAAGAAUUUUCCUUUUUAGUACCAGACUUUCAUUCCUUGGAAAGUUUUUUUUAUUAUAAUUGUUUGCAUAAAAUAUGAGGUAUUUUGAGACUUAUGGCAAAAAUAAAUGUAUUUUAUCAGCUAGCUUUUAUAUUAUUUAUAUUUCGACUGUGGCGACCUUAUGGAUGGUUACCAAUCCUCUACAAACUAUUUAUAUAAGCUGGUGCGCAAAAAAUUUAUAAUCUGUACAUUAUGUAUGUAAACAGUCCACAAAUUACAAUAAAUACAAUUUAAUUUUUA